UUCAGCUCUUACCUGGCUCGCAGAAGGUCUCUCAGGUAUGGAGAGAACUCAGCGCUCAAAGAAGCGAUCCGCGGAGUGACACGAUGUGUAAAGAAACCGGAAAAGCUCGAGGGUCAAGAUGGUGGUGCUAAGACUGAGUGCCGCGACGACUGAUUAGCGUCCAGGGUAGACAUGGAGCCGGGAGCCGAGGACUUCCUGCCGCCCCCGGAGUGCCCGGUGUUCGAGCCAACCUGGGCCGAAUUCCGAGAUCCGCUUGGCUACAUCGCGAAAAUCAGGCCCAUCGCGGAGAAGUCGGGUAUUUGCAAGAUUCGUCCACCCGCGGACUGGCAGCCUCCCUUUGCAGUAGAAGUUGACAAUUUCAAGUUUACUCCUCGCAUCCAGCGGCUAAAUGAAUUAGAGGCUCAGACCAGGGUAAAACUGAAUUAUUUGGAUCAGAUUGCAAAAUUCUGGGAAAUCCAAGGUUCUUCAUUAAAAAUUCCCAAUGUGGAGCGGAAGAUCUUGGACCUCUACAGCCUUAGUAAGAUUGUGAUGGAGGAAGGUGGCUAUGAAGCCAUCUGCAAGGAUCGUCGAUGGGCCCGGGUUGCCCAGCGUCUCAACUACCCACCAGGCAAAAACAUUGGCUCGCUGCUAAGAUCUCACUAUGAGCGCAUCAUUUACCCUUAUGAAAUGUUUCAGUCUGGAGCCAACCUUGUGCCAUGUGACACUCACCCAUUUGACAAUGAGGAAAAAGACAAAGAAUACAAACCCCACAGCAUUCCCCUUAGACAGUCUGUGCAGCCUUCCAAGUUCAGCAGCUAUAGUCGGCGGGCAAAAAGACUUCAGCCUGAUCCAGAGCCCACAGAGGAGGACAUUGAGAGGAAUCCAGAACUGAAGAAGCUGCAAAUCUAUGGGGCAGGUCCCAAGAUGAUGGGCUUGGGCCUUGUUCCCAAGGAUAAGACUUUACGGAAGAAAGAUAAAGAAGGAGUCAUAUGCCCCCCCGCUGUUAUAAUGGAGGAGGAACCAAGUAGGGUUGGGAAAGUGAUGUCUGUAUUGCCGAAGGAGGACUUGAGUCACAGCCUAGAGCCCUGCACCAAGAUGACCAUGCAGCUACGGAAGAAUCACAGCAGUUCCCAGUUUAUUGACUCAUAUGUUUGCCGAAUGUGCUCCCGAGGGGAUGAAGACGAUAAGCUACUUCUUUGUGAUGGCUGUGAUGACAAUUACCACAUCUUCUGCCUAUUGCCACCCCUUCCUGAAAUCCCCAGAGGGGUCUGGAGGUGCCCAAAGUGUAUCAUGGCGGAGUGUAAGAGGCCGCCUGAAGCCUUUGGCUUUGAACAGGCUACCCAGGAGUACACUUUGCAGAGCUUUGGUGAAAUGGCUGAUUCCUUCAAGGCUGACUACUUCAACAUGCCUGUGCAUAUGGUACCUACAGAAGUUGUAGAGAAGGAAUUCUGGAGGCUGGUCAGCAGCAUCGAGGAGGAUGUGACGGUUGAGUAUGGAGCAGACAUUCAUUCCAAAGAAUUUGGCAGUGGUUUUCCUGUCAGCAAUAGCAAAGGAAACCUGUCCCCUGAGGAGGAGGAGUAUGCAACCAGUGGUUGGAACCUGAAUGUGAUGCCGGUGCUGGAUCAGUCUGUUCUCUGCCACAUCAAUGCAGACAUCUCAGGCAUGAAGGUUCCCUGGCUGUAUGUGGGCAUGGUAUUCUCAGCAUUUUGUUGGCAUAUUGAGGAUCACUGGAGUUACUCCAUUAACUACCUGCACUGGGGUGAGCCGAAGACCUGGUAUGGGGUACCCUCACUGGCAGCAGAGCAUUUGGAGGAGGUGAUGAAGAGGCUGACACCCGAGCUGUUUGAUAGCCAGCCUGACCUCCUACACCAACUUGUCACCCUCAUGAAUCCCAACACCCUCAUGUCCCAUGGUGUGCCAGUCGUCCGCACAAACCAGUGUGCAGGAGAAUUUGUCAUCACUUUUCCUCGUGCUUACCACAGCGGCUUUAACCAAGGCUACAACUUUGCUGAGGCUGUUAACUUUUGCACCGCUGACUGGCUGCCUGCUGGACGCCAAUGCAUUGAACACUACCGCCGCCUCCGGCGCUACUGUGUCUUCUCUCAUGAGGAGCUCAUCUGCAAGAUGGCUGCCUUCCCAGAGAAGUUGGACCUGAAACUGGCUGUGGCUGUACACAAGGAGAUGUUCAUCAUGGUGCAGGAAGAGCGACGUUUACGAAAGGCCUUGUUGGAGAAGGGCAUCACAGAGGCUGAACGAGAGGCUUUCGAGCUGCUCCCAGAUGAUGAACGCCAGUGCAUCAAGUGCAAGACCACGUGUUUCCUAUCCGCCCUGGCCUGCUACGACUGCCCAGAUGGCCUUGUCUGCCUUUCCCACAUCAAUGACCUCUGCAAGUGCUCCAGUAGCCGACAAUACCUGCGGUAUCGGUAUACCUUGGAUGAACUCCCAGCCAUGCUGCAUAAGCUGAAGGUUCGGGCUGAGUCCUUUGACACCUGGGCCAACAAAGUGCGAGUGGCUCUGGAGGUAGAAGAUGGUCGGAAGCGCAGCUUUGAAGAACUUAGGGCACUGGAGUCUGAAGCCCGUGAGAGGAGGUUUCCUAACAGUGAACUUCUUCAGCGGUUGAAGAACUGCUUGAAUGAAGCAGAGGCUUGUGUCUCCCAAGUCCUAGGGCUGGUCCGUGGCCAAGAGGCCAGGAUUGAAACCCCACAACUGACCCUGACUAAGCUCCGGGUCCUUCUUGAGCAGAUGGGCAGCCUGCCCUGUGCCAUGCAUCAGAUUGGGGAUGUCAAGGAUGUCCUGCAGCAGGUGGAGGCCUACCAAGCUGAGGCCCGGGAAGCACUGGCCUCAUUGCCCCCCAGUCUAGGGCUACUGCGGUCUCUGUUGGAGAGGGGUCAGCAGCUGGGUGUGGAGGUGCCUGAAGCCCAUCAGCUCCAGCAGCAGGUGGAGCAGGCACGAUGGCUAGAUGAGGUGAAGCAGGCACUGGCCCCUUCAGCACAAAGGGGCUCUCUGGUCAUCAUGCAAGGACUGUUGGUUACAGGCGCCAAGGUUGCCUCCAGUCCUUCUGUGGACAAGGCACGGGCUGAGCUUCAGGAGCUGCUGACCAUUGCAGAGCGCUGGGAAGAAAAGGCUCUUUUCUGUCUGGAGGCCAGGCAGAAGCAUCCACCAGCUACAUUGGAAGCCAUAAUUCGUGAGGCAGAAAACAUCCCUGUUCACCUGCCUAACAUCCAGGCACUCAAAGAGGCUCUGACUAAGGCACAGGCCUGGAUUGCUGAUGUGGAUGAGAUCCAAAAUGGUGACCACUACCCCUGCUUGGAUGAUUUGGAGGGCCUAGUGGCUGUGGGCCGGGACCUUCCUGUGGGGCUGGAGGAGCUGAGACAGCUAGAGCUGCAGGUACUGACAGCACAUUCCUGGAGGGAGAAGGCCUCCAAGACUUUCCUGAAGAAGAAUUCAUGCUACACACUGCUGGAGGUGCUCUGCCCAUGUGCAGACACUAGCACAGACAGCACCAAGCGCAGCCGGUGGAUGGAGAAGGAGCUGGGAUUAUACAAAUCUGACACAGAGCUGCUGGGACUGUCUGCACAGGACCUCAGGGACCCAGGCUCUGUGAUCAUGGCCUUCAAGGAGGGGGAACAGAAGGAGAAGGAAGGUAUCCUGCAGCUACGUCGCACGAACUCUACCAAGCCCAGUCCACUGGCACCAUCAACCACAGCCUCCUCUGCAACCUCCAUCUGUGUGUGUGGGCAGGUGCCAGCCGGGGUGGGAGCUCUGCGGUGUGACCUGUGUCAGGACUGGUUCCAUGGGCGAUGUGUGUCCGUGCCCCGCCUCCUCAACUCCCCAAGGCCCAGUCCUACCUCAUCCCCACUGCUGGCUUGGUGGGAUUGGGACACCAAAUUCUUGUGUCCACUCUGCAUGCGCUCACGGCGCCCGCGCCUGGAGACCAUCCUGGCACUGCUGGUAGCCCUGCAGAGACUGCCCGUGCGGCUGCCUGAGGGUGAGGCCCUACAGUGCCUCACAGAGAGAGCCAUUGGCUGGCAAGGCCGUGCCAGGCAGGCUCUGGCCUCUGAGGAUGUGACUGCUCUGUUGGGACGGCUGGCCGAGCUUCGCCAGCAACUGCAGGCUGAAUCCAGGCCCGAGGAGCCCCCUACCUACCCUUCUGCCCCUGCCUGUGACCCUCUCAGAGAAGGCAGUGGCAAGGAUAUGCGUAAGGUCCAGGGUGGGCUGAAGAAUGGAGACAGUAUGAUGAGUUCUGAGAAGAGAGUUCUGGAGCAGGGCUCAGACCUGGAGGUGCUGUCCUCACUAUUACCACAGUUGACUGGCCCUGUAUUAGAGCUGCCUGAGGCAACCCGGGCCCCUUUGGAGGAGCUCAUGUUGGAGGGAGACCUGCUUGAGGUAACCCUGGAUGAGAACCACAGCAUCUGGCAGCUGUUGCAGGCUGGGCAGCCUCCAGACCUGCAGCGGAUCCGUACACUUCUGGAGCUGGAGAAGCCUGAGCAUCAAGAAAGUCGGAUAAGGGGCCGGGCCUUGCACAAGCGGCAGCGGCGGCGACAGCGGAAAGUAGACCUGGGUAAAAAGUGUGAAGAUCUUUUUCAAGAAGAGCUGGAGUCAAAAAAGGCCCGGAGCUCAGGGAUUAAGCCUGAAGAGGGUCAAGAGGAUGAAGAGUUUGAGGAGACAAAUCAUGAAAGUAUAUUCCUCACACCCCCUACAGACCAUAGUGCCACCUUGAAGGGGAACCAAAAUAGCUUACAACAGAAGGGUUCAGGUCCCACAACCUCUUUUGCUUCUUUAACCCCUUUGCUACACCUGUCCUACCCUCAGCAGCAAGAGUUGUGACAGCAGCACAAAAGGUUUUCUUUUUAAUCCCACUGACCUUGUUCCUGGACCUUGUUUCCUAUCUAGAAUUUGUCGUUUCAGAGUUUUGAUAGGCUAAUUAUUAAGGGAAAUGUUUUAAGUUCAGCUCCUAAGGACAAGGUCCUGUAUGCCUCUUCCCAAAAGUCUCUUGCCAGCAACAUUACUGGAUUAGUACACAAUGAAUGAUUUCCUAAGCCAGUUUCAUUCUAGACAAGGACAAAUAAAACUUGAUAAAGGCAAACGUAUCUUGUUCUUCCUUUUUUUCCAUCCCUUUGUUCUUGUAUUCCUUUUUUCUCUUCUCCUUACAUCUUUAAAAUAUUUGGGUGCUUCAAGGCUUCUUCCACCUUCAUUCUGUCUCCUUUUCUUUUCUCGCCUUGUAAGAAAAGACAUUGUAUGACGUAAUUGUUGAGACCAAAACGAAUAGAGCAAAACAAGAAACUCUUGGUUCAAGCUGUUUUUAGUUUUAUUCUUUUUGUAAAAACAAUAAUGACUGUGGUUUAAAACUGGAUUUGAUUUGCACUUCUUGGAAUCCAGAAGUGAAGGACUGAAGUUGGGGAAGUUAACAUAGUUUUAAAAUCCAUCCUGUUUUUGGAGCUGAGGGAGUGUUAAUUUUUGUAUGAGGUAUGAGACUUAGUCAAGGUUCAUUUUUUCCAGUGUGAAUUCCAUUUGUUCCAGCACCAUUUAUUGGAAAAUUAAUUCUCCCUAGCAUCCCUUUAUUAUUCCUUUGUCGAAAAUCUUUUGGCUCUACUUUUUAAUAUCUGUGUCUUGUUCUGUUGUUUUGUUGAUCUAUAUGUCUCUCCCUAUGGCAGUGUUCCGUUGCCUUUAUUACUGUAGCUUUUAGAAAGUAUUACAGGGGCCAGCCCAGUGGCAGAGUGGUUAAGUCGGCACGCUCUGCUUCGGUGGCCUGGUGUUCACUGGUUCAGAUCCCAGGAGUGGACCUACA